GUUUCUUGCCACCAUGGAUGACAACGACCCUAUAUCCCAGUUCUUCGACGAAGAAGAUGUAGACCUCUACGCCGUCUUGUCGCUUAAAUCAGAUACCUCUGCAGAAGAUAUCCGGAAGUCCUACAGGAAACUUGCUUUGUUGUGCCAUCCUGACAAACUGAUUAAUGCCACCGAGGAGGAACGGGCAAACGCGUCUACGCAAUUCCAGAGGAUCGGUUUUGCAUAUACUGUGCUAAGCGACGAAAAACGGAGGAAGAAAUAUGAUAAAACUGGAAAGACUGAUGAAGGAUUACUCGGUGAGGCGGAUGAGGACGGCGGCUGGGAAGCUUACUUUGAGGACCUAUUUGACCGUGUUACACGAGGGAGACUGGACGAAAUGAAGAAGGAAUAUCAAGGUUCCUCUGAGGAAAUCGAUGACCUCAAGGCUGCUUACCUUGAAACCGGAGGAUCAUUUGACGAAAUUAUGAAGCAUAUUCCUCACUCUACUAUUGAUGAUGAACCAAGAUUCGUAGUCGCACUGUCGAAUCUUGUCAAAGCUGGCGACCUGCCGAGCCUUCCGCAAUGGGCGUCAAGCUCCAAAGAUGAGAAAGCCAAGCUAGUGAGGAAGAAGCAGAGCGAUAAAGAGGCAAACGAGGCGGAAGAACUUGCGAAGGAGCUUGGUGUAUGGGAUGAGUUCUAUGGAAGCGGAAAGACAGGAACGAGAAAGGGCAAGGGGAAAGCAAAGAAACCAGCAAAUGAUGAAGAUGAGGACGAGGGAGACACUUCAGCACUCCAGGCGCUCAUUCUCAAGAGACAGAAGGGCCGCAACAACUUUCUGGAUGACCUGGCCGCCAAGUAUACAAAUAUGGAAGAGCCAUCCAGAACGAAGGGAGGAGGGGGAAAGAAACGCAAGAAGGCCGCGGACGAGUCUGAGGCUGAAGCGGAAUCGCCAAAGAAGAAGCCUCAUGUCCAGGAUCCUCCUGAUAUCGACGAUGAGGAAUUCGCCAAGAUACAGCAGAAGAUGUUUUCGGAUAAGCGCAAACCAGCAGGUGAAGGAUCAUCAUCAGCCAAGGGGAGACGGAGCGGGAGAGCGAAGAAAGCGAAAUAAUUCCUGUUCUGUGGAUGUUUGCUGUCAUACCCUGCCUCGUCUUGCUUUGUAUGGUCUUUAUCUCGAUGUAUGUAUUCUAAAUUAUUAUCAUUGAAACCUUGUUUGUGUUCCAUAC